AAUUUUGCCUUGAAAAAUAAUUGUAGACUUGAAGUCGUUCCAUAAGCAGCAGAAGCUAUGGCGUGUAGCAAAUCCGCCGCGGCAAGGACGACGUUCCAUCUACCGAUUGAGAUAACGACUGAUAUCCUAUCGAGAUUGCCAGUGAAAUUCCUCUUGCGAUUCAAAUCCGUAUGCAAAAACUGGUACGCUCUCAUUGAAACCCCUGAUCUUAUCGCCAAGCAUCUUCGAACCCAUUCCGCUCUCAAUUCCGCCUCUCUCCUACUAACCACUUACAAUCGCGAAACCCGAAACUUUGCCAUGUCUUUGCUUUCCGACGAUGGGUUCAGUGGCCCAAUCGAUUUCCCAUUUUUAACUGGCUCGUAUUGUCCUUAUUUCAAAUGGGACCCGACUAGGAUUGCGGGUAUCUGUAAUGGCCUGGUUUGCAUUUACAUAUCUCGCUUUGGAUAUCCCUUGAUUAUAUGCAAUCCCUCCACCAGAAAGUUUAGGGAAAUUCCGAGGAAUUGGUUGGAGGAGAAUGGUUCUAAGGGCUGUAUAUCUGUUGAGCGGGUUAUUUUUGGGUUUGGCUUCCAUACCAGUGCUAAUGAUUACAAGUUGAUUAGGAUUGCGGUUUAUUAUCGUCGUCCUGUUCGUCAAUACCAAGUCCGGGCUGAUCUGUAUGCGAUGAGCACCGAUACGUGGACAGAAAUUGAUGUUGAUAAGCUUUCGUUGUUCUUUGGGGCGGGGGAUGAACGGGGGUAUAAUGCCUACAGGCAUUUCGGUGGAUCUUGUGCUUCAGCAGUCCUGAACGGGGUUUUUUAUUGGCCGGCAGAUGAAGUUCGAACUCAUCAAAUGAUCGUUAUGUCCUUCGACAUGGGUGAUGAGGUGUUUAGACAAAUACGAACACCGCCGUGUUUUAGUAAGAAAUGGGAUGGAACUAACUUCCAAUUUACGGAAUGGAAGGACAAACUUGCUUUGGUAAUUAGUUAUUCUCGUGACCAAUGCCUUGAUGUGUGGGUGUUGAAUGAAGACCAGAGUUCUUGGACUAACCAAAUUAAAGUUGGAUCUGUUCCAAGGGUUUCCAGGAAUAUGGGAACUGGGGAAGUUGGUAAAAUUAGAGUGGUGGGAUGUGCAAAAAAUGGUCAAUUGUUGGUGACUAACCAUAAGGUAUCUGGUGAAUUUUUUUUGAAAGGCAAGGUAUCUAGUGAUUUAAAGCUCUUUUUGUAUGAUCCAAAGACCGGGGAAACUAUGGAUCAUUAUUUUGGUCAGGUUCCAUAUCCAUCUUUUAUUAAUCUAUAUGACAGGACCCUAUUUCCAGUCAUGCAACCCAAUGAAAGGAAGCAUUGAAUUCGUCGAAGUGACUCAUGCGAGUUGCUGUUUUUAAUGUUUUCAAUGUUCACGCUUAUUUUGGUUUUCCUAUUUUAACUAUGCGUCAAAGUUGUCUCUUUUGAAUGUUCAAUAUAUGUUCGACUGCUAUAUUUUGGAUCCUUUUUUUUUGUGCUGCUUACAUAUAUUUUGGAUCUUAUAUUUCAUCAUUCAAGCUAGUAUCAUUGUUGAUCCUAA